GGGCACUUUUUUUUUAUUGCAAGUGCAGUGCCCUUCUUAGUGAAAGCUUAUGAACAUAUGUUUUGAUGAAAGACUGAAAAUAUUAAAUAAAAGAAGUUAACUUCAGGUUUCCGAAGGGAAGUGCUGUGCUUGCAAAGCUGGCUCUAGCGAAACAAGCCUAACCACUGGAAGAGGAGGACAAAGAAUUGAGAUCAGCAGGCACCCAGGGCUGCUGGUGCAAUAGACUUGGAAGGGACCAAGAUGUCUUUGCCAAAUGAUGUCAGUAUGGAAGAAAUACCGCUGGAAGAUGAUGAGCGAGACAGCAUAGAAUACAAGAUCCUAAUGGCCUACGCCCAGCGGCGGUUGUCUGUCAGUAAAUAUAGGAAACUUUUGAAAAAUGAGGCCAAUGUGCAGAAGUCGUCGUCGUUAAUCAGGAGAAAAGCGGAGAUUGACCACCAAAGGGAUAAAAAGGGACCAACACUAACAGCAGUUUUUCAGGGUGGCGUGACUGAACAGCACAGCAAAAAGCAAUCGAAAAGAAAGUACUUGCCAGGAUAUUGUCUGCCUUUUCUCUGCGGCGGAGCAGCUCAGGAAAAGUCUUCAACACCACCAGUGCAACAAGGGCACACUGAGGCACGAUCUAAGAUCAUUCUAGAAGGGAAUUCUCAGCAUCAGACAAGUGAAACAACAGAUGUCAACCACAUUGCAGACAAACUUGCCAAGCUUGUUACUUCCAGAUCCCAGGAAUCUCCUUCAGAUGUGUCAUUCAAGAUAAUGUCUCAAGGCCCGCGUCAGGAACAAGACGAUAGUGAUCCUGGUGGUGAAACUGAGGGCGAGGAACAUGAUGAAGAAAAGAUAAUACGAAGAGUAGUUGCACUGUUAAGACAAUCAGGGGACCAACUAGAAGAAAAGAUCAAAAAGGACCGUGCUUUCUGUCAGCAUUUUAAAGACAUGCUGUCCUACACCUUCUUUGAGAGGAUCACUGAUUUGUUCCUGGAGGAUGUCUCAGCAGUUUCAACAAGUGAGCCAGGAGGCCAAGUACAAUGUACAAAAGUUGCCUUUACAAUGGAAGUUGUCACCAGACUUACUGCUGUGGACAACCAUCCUAUGAACCUGGUCUUGGGCUUUGGAUUAAAGUACCUUAGAGAACACUUCAAGCCGUGGAUUCAGGACCAGGGUGGCUGGGAUAAGGUUUUGACUUCACUGGAUGAGGAAGAAGUAGAGUAACCAUGUCUGAAUCCAUUCCUCAGGGUGCAGGAGCCUUCGCUUAAGGGACACAAAGGAUCUUACCACAAUCUGAUGCCAGGAUGAUUAGUGGCUGCGUAUUUUUAUUUUUAACACGGAAGGUUGGAAAGUUGCAUGGCUAAAUUUGUUGGGUACAAUUGCACUUUCUUAAAGUUGGCAUUGAUGUAGAAGUGUUCUUCAGUGGAUAUGAAGGCACUUUCAACUCCCCUGGAGCAUUCAGUGCCAUGGAUAGUGAUUUUAAGUAUCUUUCUGAGUAGAGAUGCCUGCCACUACUCCUAUGGAUGGAUGUUAAAGUGCAAACUGGACAAAAAUAUCCAAAUAUGCAAUCAAGAACCACUGGACUGUGAUCAACCAUCAACCAAGUGAGACAAGUGCUGCCAGCUUUUUGUAGUUCAUAGAGGUACCACCUGUUAUCAAUUCCACAGUCCCUUGUUAGAAGGUACACCUACACACUGCUACCAGUUUCCUCUCUCUCCCCACCUCCUUCUCUGAGUAGGUUCUCCAAAGUAUUGAUGCCAUUUUAUACUUCUGAAAGGGACUGAGUAGGGUUAAUGAGGGCCUUUUACUCCACUGCCUUCCCCACUCCCCCAAGAAAAUAGACUUGAUCUACCUAUAGAUUCUUUUAAUUUGAACUCUUCUCUGUAACACCCUUCAAAGCACGGCACAAGAGAUGUUGACUUUUACAGCAUUAUUUUGUCCAUUAAUGUGGAAGAUACAAAUGUUGUGGGAGCUUUGUAGUCCAAGAAAUGUAAAAUUUAUCCUACUGUACCAGUUUUCCUCCUUAUUCAAAAGCAGCUCGAUGCUAUGUAUAAUCUCAGGGAUUUCUCUGUAAACUGAACUGACCCUUCGGCCAUUGAAAACAAGUGAUCUGGUUAGAGUUCUUGAAUCCGUCUGUGUGGCAGUGGAAGGAAUAACAGCACAUCAUUUAGAGUAGAGGUGGAUGCCAGUGAAACUAUUCAUGAUUUUGAGGCUUGGUUUGUGGCCUUUUCAGCUGAUGACCUUUGGAUUUCUGUCCCCUGCAAAUCCCCAGUGGAGACAGGGGGAACUCGGGACGUCUGCUGAAGCCAUAAAACCAUGGCAUCGCUUCUGUGACUUUCCAGUACAGACAGGUAAUGUUUCCUGAAGAGGCUCCCUGCCUCUCAGUAAGAUGCCCUUCCACUACAGGUACCCAUUCUGUGUGUAUAAGUACGUUAACUACAAAGAUUACGUGUAGAACUUAGCAACAAAUCAUGAAUUUGAAUGAAAGUGAUAAAAAGCAUUUUAACCGGAUGUA